UUGGUCCCCUCUCUCUCUCUCUCUCUCUCUGAGAGAGAAUUCAAAAUCGAAUUCGAGAGGGAGAAAUGGGCAAGUACAUGAAGAAAUCCAAAAUCUCUGGCGACAUCGCCGUCAUGGAGGUCUCCAUCUCACCUCAGUCCUCCCUCGGCGUUCGCACCCGCGCCAAAACCCUAGCCCUCCAAAAACAACAACAACAGCAGGACUCCGAUUCGUCCUCCCUCUACUACCUCCAGCUCCGAAGCCGCCGCCUUGAGAAGCCGCCGCUGCGCAGCCAGUCCCAAUCCAAGCCGGUGACUUCGAGGCCCAAGGAGAAGGAAGGGGAGGAGGAGGGGUGUUUUGGUAAUGUCGCCACUGAAGCUGAGGAGGCUUCGUUUGGGGAGAACAACUUGGAUUUUGAGGGCAGAGAUAGGAGUACCCGAGAAACCACGCCAUGCAGCUUGAUAAGGAACUCGGAUACUGUUGGAACUCCCGGUUCUACAACUAGGCGGUCAAGUUCUAUUGCAAAUCACCAGAGAGUUAGAAAUGUUACACAAAGAAAUAUUCCAACCGCACUAGAUAUGGAUGAGUUUUUUGCCCAAGCUGAGCAGCAGCAACAUAAACUCUUUAUGGAGAAGUACAACUUUGACAUAAUCAGUGAUACGCCCCUUUCGGGAAGGUAUGAAUGGGAGCAAGUGAUUCCCUAAGCAAGGCAAAUAUCGGGCAUCGGGGCCCGCAGUUUCUCAGGCAUCUUUUACCCAAACCAACCUCAUAACCCAAUGUAAAGAAAUGUCAUCUGACUAUCUAUGACGAACUCGCUGAUCAGUCCCUAGAGUCUAAACCCAGGUUUUUUGUUCAAGAGUGUAGGGGAUAGUUCCAGAAGAGAAGAGAUCGGGUGAAUUGAACCAACCAUUGAUGGCUCUUCUGUCAAUAUCAAUGGGAGGGGUAUAUCUAAUCAUCUAUAUUUUCAGUUUGUCCUCUCGGAAUUAGCCUCUGUCCAUAUUUAGGUAGGGAUGACCGGAAAAUGAGCUCAUGCUCUUUGGAAAUAAAUGUAACCCCAAUUUUUCAUCCCAUAUCUGUCUUCACAGUUUGUUUAUGUACCCAGCAUCCUAUUGAUGACUAAUUAAAUUGGUCAAACGUACCUGCACCUUAUGAUGCCAGUCUUGAUACUGAUGUUUCCAACUAUAUCAAAUAUAAUGUGAGAUUGCUUUCUGA